AUGGAAACAUUGAGACGGCCGUCAGCAUUGGAGAUUGAUGAAGCCGUGGGGCGCUCCAAAUCUGCUAUGGGAAAGACUCGGCCGAUGUCAGUACAGCCAGGAGCGAGAUAUGACCUGCCGCGUGACUCUGAUAGCCCGCGGUCUUCGCUUGAUAUGUCCCGCACGCCAUAUGAAGGCGGGGCACCACUGCGACCUGUGCGUACUGAUGUGGACCGUGAAUCAGAUCGGGCCAAUAUCUCGUCUGAUGUCGAUUACUUACGCGCGAUGGAGGAACAGGAGAGCACCCGGAAGCGUGAAAAACGCUCUAGUGGUAGCCACAAACACAACAAGCGUGGUAGUCUGUCCAGCUUGUCACUCUCAGGCGGUAAGAACCUAUUCGCCGGGCGAUUUGGCGAUGCAUUCCGCCGAUUUGAGGCAGGCAACCAAGAUAAAACCCCAUCACCUUCGGGAGAGGAGAUACCUCGGCAGGGUCUGGGAGGGAUUUCGGAUUCGACAGAUGAGAGCUCGUCUCCUGAUGACGACAUUGCUUUGGAAGAUGUUGAUCGAGAUGACAUCUCCCCAGAGAUGCGCCGCGAGCUGGAGCGCCGCCGACUCUCCCAAGAGGAGAAACGAGUUGCUAGUGCCGCCGCCGAGUACCGCCGCCGAGUUGCCGAAUCGGGUGACGGAGGUGGAAGAGCGAUCGGCGAUGGUACUCGUUCUCGCACGAUUCAGAACAAGGUGAAGUCGUUGCUCGGGGAAUCUGACAAACCGUCCAUUCCCAAGACCGCGACUGGGUAUGGCCGGUUUACGGAGACUUCCUCUUCUUUGCAGGCAAAGCAGAGUGAGUUCAAGCCCGCCACCUCCGAACAGUCGGGCGCUUCUCGCACCUCCGGCCCUGCCUAUACUCCUCGUGACGGUUCAAUGGCACCUCCAGUUCGCCGAGACGGAGCUAGUGUUCCGGCGGGCCUUCCGCAAGCUGCCACCCCUACCAGCCACCUAUCUAUGCAACGAACUGCAACCCGUCCAACUGCGCCACCCAAGCCGAAGAAUCUACGAGCUGGUACAGCUAAUUCACGCCCAGGCAGUGGUCAUGGCCAUGGUUCCUCUCAAGCGACCCCAGUAAGCCCUGCAGAGGACUGGGAGGCCAACUUCAGCCGGCGUUUCCCAAGUCUGUCCGGUAUUGAAAUGGAGACAGAGAUUGAACUCCCGAAAUUUCCCAGCUUGAGGACACGGGAAGUGUAG